AUGCGUGAUCGAAAGUUGUCUGAAUCGACUCCUCAGUUGGCCGCCCAGGAAGCAAAUACAGUGCUUUCGCACAACUGUCUUCUCAACAUCGACGCUGAUGUUGGCACUCACCGAGCAACUCACGUUGUCUGUACCAUUGGUCCAGUGUCUCGCUCUGUCGAAAAGCUCACUGAGUUGAUUGAAGCAGGAAUGGACGUUGUUAGACUCAACUUUUCCCACGGAACGCACGAUUACCACCGGGAAACAAUCGAAAAUGCUAGAACCGCGAUCGACAACCUUCGCGAAAAGAAGACUCUCUUCAAACCCGUCGCGAUCGCUUUGGACACAAAAGGUCCGGAGAUCCGAACAGGUCUUCUUGCUGGUGGUGGAUCAGCCAUUGUUACGCUCAAGAAAGGCAACAAAAUCACCCUCUCCUUGGAUGAAAAAGACUUCGAAACCGGCACCGAAGAGCAGAUCUAUGUCGACUACAAAAACUUGCCAAAAGUGAUCAAGAAAGGCGACGAAAUCUUCAUUGACGACGGGUUGAUUUCUAUCAAAGCUGUUGAAAUCGCGAAUGACAAAGUGAUCUGUGAGAUUUUGAAUGGCGGAGAGCUUGGCUCAAAGAAGGGAGUCAAUCUUCCUGGAAUCGAAGUAGAUCUUCCAGCUGUCUCUGAGAAAGACAAGAAGGAUCUUCUCUUCGGCGUUGAAAUGGGCGUCGACAUGAUUUUUGCAUCCUUCAUCCGAAAAGCUGGUGAUGUGAUGGCAGUCAGAGAUGUUCUCGGCGAAGAGGGAGCAGGGAUCAAGAUCAUUUCCAAAAUCGAAAACCAUGAGGGAGUCAAAAAGAUCGAUGAAGUCAUCCAAGCGUCCGAUGGUGUCAUGGUUGCUCGAGGCGACAUGGGAAUUGAAAUUCCAGCGGAAAAGGUCUUCCUUGCUCAAAAAAUGAUCAUCGGCCGAUGCAACACUGCUGGUAAACCGGUUAUUUGUGCUACACAGAUGUUGGAGUCGAUGACGACCAAGCCUCGACCUACAAGAGCGGAAGUAAGCGACGUCGCUAACGCUGUCCUCGACGGUGCUGAUUGUGUCAUGCUCUCAGGAGAAACUGCCAAGGGAGAUUACCCAGUUGAAGCCGUCCAAAUGAUGUCGAGUAUUUCCCUCCGCGCUGAGAGCGCCAUCUUCCACGAUCAGCUCUUUUCUGAUCUCAGACAAAACACUGGAGUCUCAAAGGACUGGACCGAAAUCAUCGCCAUCUCUGUCGUCGAAGCUGCCAUCAAGUGCAACGCCGAUUGCAUUAUCGUCCUCACCAGAAGUGGCCGAGCUGCGAUGAGAAUCGCUAAGUACAGACCACGAUGCCCUAUUCUAGCGGUCACCAGAUUUGAACAAGCAGCGCGUCAAUGCUACCUUCACCGGGGAAUCCACCCAUUGUUGUUUACAGAUGAUGUCCUUCCAAAUUGGGAUGAGGACAUCGAAGCGCGAAUCAAGUUUGCCAUGAAGUGCGGCUUGGAUCGCGGCUUCAUCAAGAACAACCGCAUCGCAGUCAUCGUCUCUGGCUGGGCCCAGGGACGAUCCAACACUACCAACACCAUGCGACUCGUCAACAUUUCUGGCUAA